AUGGCGCCCUAGGUAACGGGAGGCGGCGGCCGUUAGGCUGUGAGGCGCAGGGCGCGCGCGCGGCAGUUGCAGAGGGAGGUUCCCAGCCCCCUCCCCACGGCCCGGGGUGAGGAUGGCGUGUCCGGAUCAGAAAUCGCCCAACGUUCUGCUACAGAACCUGUGCUGCCGCAUCCUCGGCAAGAGCGAAGCUGAUGUAGCCCAGCAGUUUCAAUAUGCAGUGAGAGUUAUUGGAAGCAACUUUGCUCCUACUGUUGAAAGAGAUGAAUUUCUUGUUGCGGAGAAAAUCAAGAAAGAACUUGUGCGACAAAGAAGGGAAGCGGAUGCUGCUUUGUUUUCAGAACUUUACAGAAAACUCCAUUCGCAGGGCGUCCUGAAAAACAAAUGGUCAAUACUCUACCUCCUGCUCAGCCUUAGUGAAGACCCACGUAAGCAGUCUAACAAGGUGUCAAGUUAUGCCACGUUGUUUGCUCAAGCAUUGCCGCGAGAUGCUCACUCAACCCCUUACUACUAUGCCAGGCCUCAAAGCCUUCCAUUGAAUUAUCAGGACCGCAAUGCUCAGUCUGCCCAGAGUGCGUGCAGUAUGGCAAGCAGUGGGAUCAGCAGCAUAAGCAUGUAUGCCCUGAAUGGGCCAACGCCAACUCCACAGUCCCUCCUUCCAGGACAAUCCUAUCAAGCUCCAGGGGUGGGAGACUGCCUUCGUCAACAGCUGGGUUCACGUCUUGCUUGGGCUCUAACUGCUGGCCAGCCUUCGUUACAAAGCUCUACCUCAAAAGGCCUUCCAAACACUGUGUCUCGCAAUGUGCCAAGGUCAAGGCGAGAAGGGGAGACAGGUGGCAAUGUUGAAAUAACUGAAGCAAACCUUGUAAGAGACAUUUUGUACGUCUUCCAGGGAAUAGAUGGCAAAAACAUCAAAAUGUGCAAUUCUGAAAACUGCUAUAAAGUAGAAGGAAAGGUCAGCCUCUCCAAAUCGCUCAGAGAUACCACAAGCAGACUCGCAGAGUUAGGAUGGCUACACAAUAAAAUAAGAAGAUACACAGACCAGAGGAGCUUGGAUCGUGCCUUUGGGCUUGUAGGUCAGAGUUUUUGUGCUGCCUUACACCAGGAACUCAAAGAAUACUACAGGCUUCUCUCUGUUUUACACUCCCAGCUGCAACUUGAAGAUGAUCAGGGUGUAAAUUUGGGACUUGAGAGCAGUUUAACACUUCGUCGUCUUCUAGUAUGGACAUAUGAUCCUAAAAUAAGACUCAAGACACUUGCAGCACUUGUCGAUCACUGUCAAGGAAGAAAAGGUGGUGAACUAGCAUCAGCUGUCCAUGCCUACACUAAAACAGGAGAUCCCUAUAUGAGAUCCCUGGUACAACACAUUCUUGGCCUAGUGUCCCAUCCGGUCUUGAAUUUCCUUUACCGCUGGAUUUAUGAUGGGGAGCUGGAGGACACAUACCAUGAAUUUUUUGUAGCUUCAGAUCCUACAGUUAAAGCAGACCGGUUGUGGCAUGACAAGUACACUUUAAGAAAAUCAAUGAUCCCUUCAUUCAUUACAAUGGAUCAAUCAAAAAAGGUCCUUCUAAUAGGAAAAUCCAUAAACUUCUUACAUCAGGUUUGUCAUGACCAAACUCCGUCUACAAAGAUGAUAGCUGUGGCAAAGUCUGCAGAAUCACCAAAAGAUGCUGCUGACUUGUUCACAGAUUUGGAAAAUGCAUUUCAGGGAAAAAUCGAUGCAGCUUACUUUGAGACCAGCAAAUACUUGCUGGAUGUUCUCAAUAAAAAAUACAAUUUACUGGAGCAUAUGCAGGCUAUGAGGCGCUACUUACUUCUCGGUCAAGGAGAUUUUAUAAGACACUUAAUGGACUUGCUUAAGCCAGAGCUUGCCCGACCAGCUACCACUUUGUAUCAGCAUAAUCUGACAGGAAUCCUUGAAACAGCUGUCAGGGCAACUAAUGCACAGUUUGAUAAUCCCGAGAUCCUCAAACGGUUGGAUGUCAGACUUCUGGAGGUAUCUCCUGGUGAUACUGGAUGGGAUGUCUUCAGUCUAGACUAUCAUGUGGAUGGGCCAAUUGCAACGGUAUUUACGCGAGAGUGCAUGAGCCACUACCUAAGGGUGUUUAACUUCCUAUGGCGAGCAAAGCGGAUGGAAUAUAUUCUCACAGACAUAUGGAAAGGACAUAUGUGCAAUGCAAAGCUCCUGAAAUGUAUGCCAGGUAGGCGAAAAACAAAAUGGGUAAUGUAUUAA